CUCUCUCUGCUUAUACCCACCUUUUAACUACCUUAUCAAUACAGACAGGCAGCAAACCAAAGCUUCUCUUCUCCGCCAUCUAUCACUAAUUAUUACUACUGUAAUCUAUAUAAGCCAAAUCAAUCACCAGAAAAUGGCUGCAGGAAACACCGCCACGAAACCUGAUCUGACCAAAACUUACUUCGAUGUGCUGGGGAUUUGCUGCUCCUCCGAGGUUCCGCUGAUUGAGAAGAUCCUCAAACCGCUCGAAGGAGUCAAGGAGGUUUCCGUCGUCGUCGCCUCCAAGACUCUCAUCGUCGUCCACGAUUCUGUCCUGAUUUCUGAUCAGCAAAUUGUGAGGGCUUUAAACAAAGCAAGAUUGGAGGCAAGUAUCAGAGUAAAUGGUGUGAGAAAACAGUGGCAAACAUGGCCAAGCCCCUAUGCCAUAGUUUGUGGAACUUUACUGCUGCUUUCUCUUCUAAAGUUUGUCUAUGAGCCACUAAAAUGGCUUGCUGUUGGAGCUGCUGUUGUUGGUGCAGUACCAAUCACUCUUAGAGCUGUGGCCUCCCUUCGCAAUCUCAACAUUGAUAUCAACAUUCUCAUGCUAAUUGCAGUUGUAGGAUCGCUUUUUCUAAGUGAUUACUGGGAAGCUGCUACAAUUGUAUUCCUAUUCACCAUUUCAGAAUGGCUCCAGUCCUGCGCACUUCACCAGGCAAAGGAUGUUAUGUUAUCCCUGGUGAAUGUUGUCCCUCAGAAGGCAAUAUUAGCUGAAACAGGUGAAGCGCUAAAUGCUGGAGAUGUCAAGUUGAACAGCAUUCUCGCUGUUAAAGCUGGUGAGAUAAUACCCAUUGAUGGAAUUGUUGUGGAUGGGGAGUGCGAGGUGGAUGAGAAAAUUUUAACCGGUGAAUCGUUUCCCGUGGCUAAGCAAAAGAAUUCAAUAGUUUUGGCAGGCAGUAUAAAUCUCAAUGGGUACAUUACCAUUAAGACUACAGUUUUGGCUAAAGAAUGUCUGGUGUCUAGAAUGCCAAAGCUUGUAGAAGAUGCUCAAACAAACAAAUCUAAAACCCAGAGAUAUAUCGAUCAAAUCGCCAAGUAUUAUACACCAGCGGUUGUUGGUGCUUUUAUUGUUUUGGUGAUACUUCCAUCUGUACUUAGGCUCCAUAAUGGGAAAAAAUGGUGGUACCACUUGGCAUUGGUCGUCUUGGUAAGUGCAUGCCCAUGUGCGUUGGUGUUAUCUACACCUGCUGCCAUGUUUUGUGCACUUUCAACGGCAGCAACAUCAGGUCUUCUGUUUAAAAGCACCGACUGCCUGGAAACUCUUGCUAAAAUAAGGAUCAUGGCUUUUGACAAAACAGGGACUCUAACAAGGGGAGAAUUUUCAGUAACGCAGUUCAAGACUUUUCUACAAGAUGUGAACCAUGAUACUCUAUUAUAUUGGGUAUCCAGCAUUGAAGCUAAGUCAAGUCAUCCCAUGGCUACUGCUCUGAUUGAUUAUGCAUGUCUACAUUCAGUAGCGCCUAAGCCAGAUAGAGUGGAGCAGUUUGAGAACUUUCCUGGUGAAGGAAUAUAUGGAAGGAUAGAUGGAAGGGAAAUCUUUAUAGGGAACAAGAAAAUUUUUUCAAGGGCGCAAUGCAAUACAGUUCCGGAGUUGGAAGGUGAUGGUUAUGAAGGGAAGUCCAUUAGCUACAUCUUCUCGGGGUCUUGUUUAGUUGGACUCUUCAGUCUGGCUGAUAAUUGCCGAACAGGGGCAAAGGAAGCACUUGUAGAGCUUAAAUUAUUAGGCGUCAAAGGAGUAAUGCUCACUGGAGACUGUUAUUCUGCGGCUAGCCAUGUACAAGAGAAGUUAGGUGGUGCUUUGGAUGAUUUUCAUGCGGAACUCUAUCCAGAGGGCAAGGCAAAGUUCAUCAAAGAAUUUCAAAAGGAAGCACGGACAGGAAUGAUAGGUGAUGGUCUAAAUGAUGCUCUUGCAUUAGCUACCGCCGAUGUUGGCAUCUCAAUGGGUGUUUCUGGUUCAGCACUUGCCAUGGAAACGGGGAACAUCAUCCUCAUUUCAAAUGACCUUCGAAAACUACCAUAUGCAAUAAGGCUAUCAAGAAGGGUGAAAAGAAAAAUUGUUGAAAAUGUCAUUCUUUCCAUCAGUAUUAAGGUGGCUAUCCUUGCUCUUGCCAUAUCGGGGCAUCCCCUGGUUUGGGCGGCUGUGUUUGCUGAUGUUGGGUCGUGUUUGAUUGUUGUUAUGAACAGUUUUCUUCUUCUUCGAGGAAGAACAGCUAGGCAGGGAAAAAACAAGUGUUGCAAAUCAUCUUCCGUGUCCCACCAUAGACACGGCAAAUCCUCCCACAGUCACCAACAACCGUGCUGCAAGUCUCCAAAAUCUGUUUCCGCUUCUGGAAAUAAAAAGUUGAAAUGUACCAUAAACUCGCAUCAUCACGAGGAGCACUCGAACUCUGAUAAAGAGCAUGAAUCGCAUGACCGUUGUACACCGAAUCAAUGUGGUGGCUCACUUCGAAUUCACAACCACCAUUUAUCAAACAAUAUGGUGGUAGAAGAAAAACAUCAUGAAAACGAUAAUCACAACUGUUGUAGAAGCACAUCAUUGGAUUUGGAAAAAAAUGAGUCUUGUAAUAAUCAUCACUGUGAAGCUGAAGAAACACAUGUGGAUGAUCAUCGUACAGAAUGCAGCAGUACACACACAACAACAGUUAAUAUUAUGAAUAACUGUCAUGACCAUGUGGACCGUCGGGCUGCUCUUAAGACACUGCAAACACAGCAUUUGGGGGCUUGCUCUCGGAGUUGUAAGAAUGAAUGUGGUGAUAAAGACUGUCACUUAGGGUCCAAAAGUGGAGGAAAAUUAUCAGAAAUAGUCAUAAUUGAUUAAAUCAAUGCUUGAUGGCUAUAUACAUUUUUGAAGUGUGUCUCUAUUUUCUUAUACUAAUUGUUAUUUAUGUACUAAUAUUAUUUCACAAUUUUGGCAAUAACAUUUGUAUUUUGAUGUAUACUAUAUGACUUGUACAGAACGAAGUAUAGUAUGUGAAUGUCCAUUGACCUUGUACA